CUUAGAAAGCAGGGCUGCGACGUUGUGACAGGGCCUCUGGGUCAGGGUGGGGGGAGGGAGGCGCAUGUGUGGUUUUAUGUGUUUGUGUGUUUUAGAGUCUUGGUCAGACCGUCAGACACGGGCUCCCUUUGGGUGUUGUUGGCAGACAUACAGUUAGAGGAACUCAGGUCAGGGGAGGGGGAGAUUGCUGCGUAUUACUGAAGAGGAUGGGCUGGGCUCCCCCUGCACCCCAGUGCUCAGCGGUUUACCUACCCAGAUUAAAAAAGAUUCUGAGUCCAGAUCCAACUUCAGGAGCAAAGGGCCUUGGUCGGUGAUCAGUGAAGGGGAAGUGGGGUUUAUCUCCUAUUCUUUUACUCACCCUGGUGGGAACCCAGUGUUACGCCAAGAGGGAGGCAGAGGCAGAGCCCGUGCCCCUGUGGCAAGUGGCGGUUAGUGCCUUUUGGUGGAAAGACUUCUGCGUGGGGUCCCAGGGCACAGACGAGACCCAGAGCGGCUGGCCCUGCCCCACAGCAGGGUGCUACAGCAGAACCCCAGUUCUAGCCCAAGGCUGGUGCGGGUGGGGGAGGCAGUACCAGCAGCAUGUGGAGGGGCUUUGGGAACCCUAGCCCGACUCAGCCCCCUCCACGGCACAUCCCCAGAGCACCCCAAAUUCGACGAGACAGGCUGAGCUUGAGCUCCUCCCAAACCAAUGUCUGGCACAGCAGGCCUCUGCCUGCCUCUUCCUUUUUGCCUCACAGUCCCCCUGUACCUCCCCCUUCCAUGUCUGUGCAUGCCUAUGGCUCUGUACCCCCAUUCUCCCCUCCCUGCAGUGCCUUCACUGGAGCCCUGCUGGUACACUCGCCUGUCUCCAUCACCAGGAUGGGACUCUCAACGCGGGCUUGAGGACAGUCCCCAUCCCACCCCCACACAGAAUUUGGCAUAUAGCAGGCACUGAGCGGGGAUCAGAUGAAUGCCUGCCACCCCGAGAGGAGGCCCCAACCCAAGUCUUAGAGAAGCAGGGAGAAGUGAGAAGAUCCCUUGGUCAGGAGUUUGUAGCAGUGUGUGAGUGGUUUUUUUCUGGCUCCUCUCACCUUACUGUGGGGUUCAGGGGAAGAAAAAGAAGUGUUUAGUACUUCAGUUGAAACGUGGUCCUGCUCUCCCCUCCCGUCGCUGCUGCAGUCCCACUCUUCUGCUUCGGGCAGGGCCUGCACACACUUUGCAUCAUAUCUGUGGUCUUUUUGUGAGAUGUGUGGCAUCUGUUUUGGAGGGGCAGAGACUCCAGCCCGUCUGUGAGUUGAAGAGGCUGCCAGUAAAUAAAGCAAAGGCUCUGGGCGGGGGGAUCAGUGUUGCCCACCGUGGAAAAAGGCUUUGUGGGUUUGGAGGUGAACAUGUUUUUUUUUUUUUCACAGCUGUGCAUCUAUUGUAAUGGCACUAGAAAAAAUACAACUCGUUGCCCAAAGGCCAGUUACUAUUGCUUAGGACAGGAGUGAAGUGGGGACAAUGUAAAGGACACGCCUUUAGGUGCCCUCGGAGCCCUGGCCUGACUAGCAGUCUCUCUACAAGGCUUCUUCCUGCUUCAGGGUCUAGGGGAGCGCCGACCCCCUCCAGGAGCUUUCUGGGGAUGUGUGUGGGGCUCUGGAGGUUUGAGUGGGACCUGGGAUUUGGUAUCAGUUGUUUUCCCGGUCCGUGUACUGUAUUUUUUAUUACUUCUGUUUUGUUUAUUGUAGUCAUUACUUCUAUUCAUUAACAGUGUCUGAGUUUCCAGCUACUGCUGAACUUACUGUAUCUAAUAUGUCUGUCGUCUUAGCACAUUUUCUCCCUUAGAGUUAGUCCGAAUGCUUAUUACAGAUGAUCAGCGUAGCGUGGCAGGCCUGAUACGCUGGUGUCGGAAGUGAGGUUGUCUUCAUCAUUGGUGCUGCAGGUGACCUGGGAGCUGUGGACCGUGGGGUCGCAGGGUAGCAGGGUGGCAAGGUAGGGGCCCAGGUCUGGAAUAUCCCAGGAGACUGGGACCGUUAUCUAGUGCCAUGCAGCUUGCACAGUUUAGCAGUCAUCACCACAGGGUAUGCAGAGGAUGUUCAUUGUUGAUGUGACUUCUCAAUGGUAACAAGUUUUGUGACUUUUACUUGCUGUGUUGGGGGAGAGAAAAACAGGGUUAUGGUGCAGGGUGUGCUAUCAGCAGGUGCUGCUGAGGUAAUGAAGACUCUGAGGCAGGCUGGGUCCCCUCACCUUUGUGUCCCCAGAACCCACAUGGGACCUGGAUCAAAGGGAUAGUUUGUGUUUGGACUGGCCUGGGGCUGGGACGGGCCUGGGCUCUGGGAGCCCCAAGGAGUCAGCUUAAAAAGAGCCUCAGAAAGUGGCCAUGCAAUGAUGCUGCAAGACUAUGGGACGGAUAGUGGCUGCAAGGCACCGAGUCGCCCACAUAGUUGGGUACUUCUGUGUGCAAGCGGGAGCUGGAGAGGACAGACUCGGGGAAGGCAGUUUCAGUGUCCUUUCUCCAGCGUUUUCCAGUGGCAGUUUUUGAAAAUGAGCUUGUUCUAAUGCUUGCCUAUGUGUGCUUGUCCUAGCUGGUCGCUUCCAGUUUCUCAUCAUAAAUGUAUGGGCAUUAAACGACAAGGGGAGGUCAGCUCCCUGCUUGCAAAGAAAUAGAUUGCCACAAUGGACUUUUAAAAGUGGAAAUGUUGGAGAAUUUGUUACACCGGGAUAUAGUAUAUAGGGUAGCAGCACCAGAGCCCUUAGAUUUGGAGUCGGACAGGUGUGGGUUCAGAUCUUGCCUCACCUGGUCUGGCCUUGGGUGAGGGUCUCUGUCUCUUCAUCUGUGAAAAGAGAAUUAAACUUGCCUUUGAGAUUGCUUUGAAUAGAGAUUGUGUUUGUAAGCCAGUAGUGCUGGGCACGGAGUUGGGAACAGCGGCUGGGGUUGUCAUCCCAGGCUGUGGCUCACCCACUGUACGUAGGUCCUAAAAAUACCCAGAGCUCCUGGAGAAAGAGCCAGACACUUCAUUGUCCGGGCGAUGCCUGAUGGAGUGCUCAGGGGCUCAUGCUUGCCAUCCUCAUGGGCCCAGGGGUAUUUGUUACCUCUGACGUCCCCAUUACGUGAGCACGAACAGGCCAUCCUCUUGUUGCGUGGUUUACAGGAUGCAGACUGCGUGGUGGGGUUGCUGUCCUCUUGUGGAGUUUGAAUCUGCAUUGCCUUAGGUUGGCCCAGUUUAUGACUAGUUUUCAGGUUUGAGGUUGUAGUAUGCUGUGCCACAUAGCGGUCACCGGCCGAGAGGUGGGCAGACAGGAAGGGACAGCCAGCUGUCAUCCCCCAUUCAGGGCCUCACUUUGCCCAAGACACCCAGAUGAGUCUCUAGAGAUCCCACCCCAGAUCCUGCUACCCCCGUUCCUUUUUGGAGGGGUGCAAGAGAGUGAUGGCAGGGGGCUAGAUCUGCUCCAGUUACUUCCAUUUCAAGCCUCCUGGCCAGCCCACAUUCCAGGAAUAUCCCCAGCCCUUUGCCGUUGUGUCCAUGCAGGUGUGUCAUAGCCCCACUAGGUAGGGUGACAGUCUCACUGAUAAUGUGCCUGUCUCCCCAGCAGCCGAGCAGUGGGUGGGCGGAGCCCAGUUCUUCUCUCUGUAUGUCUGUGCAAGGAGGUGGGUUCAGUGCCAAACCUAGAGGAUUGUCUGUCCUGGGUCCCCUUUCCUUCCCCUGCUGGCACCCCUAUCUGGAGACACACUGCCAUACUUGUGCAGAGUCGAUGGAUAGAUGACAAGAGUAGGAUAGCAGCUCUGACAACCUGUGUGCAGCUUUGCCCGGCAGGGACACUUUGCUUUGGGCCCACCUCUAGUGGGCCCCUAGCAAAGGGGUCACUGCAUUGUGUAAGCCAAGAAUCAAAAACAGUUGCGGCGGUACCCGUUGCCAUUAAAGUAUUUGGACCCUUGGAGCAAAUUUUGACACCUGGGGGUUUAUUCCUAAGGAAAAAAAAAUGAGAGAAGGAAGUUGUAUGUUUGAAGAUGUUCAUUGCAACAUUGGUUGCAAUCAGAGAACCUGGAAGGAGAUGGAAUGUCCAGCAGUUGGAGAAGGUCAGGGAAAUUACGAUGCAUUGAUGAAAUAUUUAGCUGUUAAACAUGAUCAUUAUGAAGAUUAUGUAGCAAUAAGAGGAAGUGAGAGUUAAAUGAAAAGAGAAAAUGGCAUCUGUAAUGCAAUUUCAACUACGUAAUUGUCACUGUUUCUGGACAAGUGCCAGAAAGUCGCCCACAGAAACGUUGCCAUGGCUCAGGUCAGCGGGAAUGCAAGGGGCUCAGGGGAGACAGUGCUGCAGAGUUUGGCCUUUGGGGUCAGACCUGAGCCAUGAUGUUGGUAUCUAUCUCUCGGGCUUUGGGGACUUCAAGAGGGCACACAUGUGACAAAGAUGGUGGCUUAGAAGAUGCUCUCAGAGGAGAGGAAAACCAAAGGGACUGAGGAGACUCAGGGCAUACAAAGUUAUGGAGCCGUGGGGCGCCUGGGUGUCUCAGUCGGUAAAGCGUCCAACUUCGGCUCAGGUCAUGAUCUCACGGUUUGGGAGUUCAAGCCCCACGUCGGGCUCUGUGCUGACAGCUCAGAGCCUGGAACCUGCUUCAGAUUCUGUAUCUCACCCCCUCUCUCUGCCCCUCCCAUGCUCGUGCUCUGUCUGUCUCUGUCUCUCAAUAAUAAAUAAAUGUUAAAAAAAUUUUAAAAAGUUACGGAGCCAUAUGCAGGCACACUCAGACAAAGCACCUGACACAGUUGGCUAAAGAGGUGGGCUCAGGCCCACCAUAUCUGGGGGUUGAAAUGAGAGUGUAAAGAACACACGCUUGAGGGGUUAGUGCGGGUGGGUUUAUUUGGAGGCGCAGUGCCUGCCAGAGGGGAGGGUAAGGGGGGCUAGCGGGCGUUGGGCUUGCCUCUUUCCAGGGGUGCUCCUGCUCCCAGCACACAAGCCUUGCAGGAGCAGGGUCCAACGAGCGGGGGCGGGGGGGUGCCCAGUGGCCCGUGGAUACCCCGAGUGCCUCUGAGAUGCGGAAGAAGAGCCUCCAGGUGGACGGUUGGAGUGUGGAUGGAACACCGGGGCUUGCAAUGCAGAUACGAAGCACGUAAGGUGGGACCGUGCAGGAAGUCCAGGAAGCUCCAAGAUGAGAUGUGGAGACAGAAGGAAAGGAUGUGGGGCUGGGGCUUGAGGAGCUCUGGGUGGAGGGAGAUGAGGCCGCAGGGCGGGUGCCGGGACGAGCCGUGAAGAGAGAGCAGGGGAGGCAGAGCGGGCAGCCCCUCUUCAGCUCUGCUGACAGCUUGCCCAGGCAAAGCUGUUUGGGUGCUCGUUUGGGUGCUCGGUGUGGUGGCAGGUAAGCUCCUCUGUGGUGUUACCAUAGGUUGCAGUCAGAUCCCUCCUUCUCUCUCUUCCCCUAAUUGCGCUCCUGCAUUUUUUUGCUGUGGCCGACGUGUUUGGUUACCCAACUGUAUGGUGAGGAUGAAAAGGGGAAAAAACAGGCUCAAGAAAAUACGUCAGAAAAUAGGUUUAAAACAUUGAGGAAGUGAUGUUAGCAAAUGAUACGUAAAAGGAAAUACGGUGCAUCGUGAAAUCCUCUUUGUUCCCAGUGCCCCUCAGUGUUCUUUGCCUGCGUGCACUUAAGACCAGGAAAAGCCGCUGCAGGGCUUGUCCCGGACUCCAGCCGGGACCCUGCUAUCCUUGGACCUCGGUAAAGGGGACCACGGGACUCGCUGCGGGCUCUGUCCUCCGCCGGUCAGCCAUGGGGUGGGCUCCUGGCCUCAGGGUCAGCUUGGCUGCUGCUUCCCCUCCUGUGAGAUGCAGGUAGUUUGGAGCAAGACAGGAAGUGCUGCGGGAGUCCGCGCCGGCCCAGUGAGGCCUCCAGCAGCGAAGGCUGGCAGGAAGCAGUUGAUUCGGCUCUUGGUGGCAUGUGGCCUCGGGAGCUGUCGUGACCCUCCACUGUGCCCUCAUCCUUUACCAGCAACCUCCCACUCAUCCGCCAUGGCAAGCAGUGCCGCCACCCGGCAGAUAAUGCUGUCACCGCUGUCACCAAGCCACCGUGGUGGAUUGUGAUGUUUGGUUUCUCUGUUCCUUUUAUGUCUGGCUUUGCAGAAACCUCACACGGCUUCUUCUCCUUCCUUAUGUAACCCUUUGGAAUAAUUCCAGGGUUGCCAAGAAGAUCCGGAACAUGGUGGCGGUGCUGGAAGUCAUCUCCAGCCUGGAGAAAUACCCCAUUACCAAAGAGGCGCUGGAGGAAACUCGACUUGGGAAGCUCAUCAACGACGUCCGCAAGAAGACGAAGAACGAGGAGCUCGCCAAGCGGGCCAAGAAGCUGCUGCGGAGCUGGCAGAAGCUCAUCGAGCCCGUGCACCAGAAUGAGGCGGCGCUGCGGGGACUGGCGGGGGGCGCCGGCUCCGCCAACGGGGGUGCUCACAACUGCCGGCCGGAGGCGGGGGCGGCCGGCACGCCCAAGAGCAUCCACGACCUGAAGAACCGCAUUGACCUCCAGAGGCUGCGGGGGCAUCGGCUGGACAGGCUGGGCAGCCGCAAGCGCCGGGGAGACCAGCGUGACCUCGGCCACCCCGGGCCACCUCCCAAGGUCUCCAAGGCGAGCCACGACUCCCUGGUACCCAACUCCUCCCCCCUCCCCACCAACGGGAUCGGCGGGAGCCCCGAGAGCUUCCCCGGCCCCCUGGACGGCAGCGGGCACCCGGGCCCCGAGGGUGGCCGCCUGGAGCACGGCGAGAACGACAAGCACGGCGGCAAGAUUCCCGUCAACGCGGUGCGGCCGCACACCAGCUCCCCGGGCCUCGGCAAGCCCCCCGGGCCCUGCUUGCAGACCAAGGUUGCGGUGCUGCAGCAGCUGGACCGGGUGGACGAGACUCCGGGCCCCCCCCACCCCAAGGGGCCGCCUCGCUGCUCUUUCAGUCCCCGGAACUCACGGCACGAGGGCUCCUUUGCCCGGCAGCGGAGCCCGUACGCACCCAAGGGCUCCACGCCCAGCCCCUCUCCGCGGCCCCAGCCGCUCGACGCCACGCAGGUGCCGUCGCCGCUUCCGCUGGCCCGGCCGUCCACGCCCCCCGUGAGGCGGCUCGAGCUGCUGCCCAGCGCGGAGAGCCCGGUGCGCUGGCUGGAGCAGCCCGAGGGCCACCAGCGGCCGGCAGGGCAGGGCUGCAAAGUGGGGCUGGCGCCGGCCGAGCCCCUGCUGCCCCGGGCCGGCUUCUCCCCAGACUCCUCCAAGGCGGACAGCGACGCUGCCUCCUCUGGCGGCUCGGACAGCAAAAAGAAGAAGAGGUACCGGCCUCGUGACUACACGGUGAACUUGGACGGGCAGGUGGCCGAGGCGGGCGUCAAGCCCGUCCGGUUAAAAGAGCGGAAGCUCACCUUUGACCCCAUGACCAGACAGAUCAAACCUCUGACCCAGAAAGAGCCAGUGCGGGCUGACAGCCCCGUGCACACAGAGCAGCCCAGGACAGAGCUGGACAAGCCCGAGGCCAAGGCCAGCCUCCAGAGCCCUUUCGAACAGACGAACUGGAAGGAGCUGUCGCGCAACGAGAUCAUCCAGUCCUACCUGAGCCGGCAGAGCAGCCUGCUCUCCUCGUCGGGCGCGCAGACCCCAGGCGCCCACCACUUCAUGUCCGAGUACCUGAGGCAGGAGGAGAGCACCCGGCGUGGGGCCAGGCAGCCGCACGUGCUGGUGCCUCACAGCGCGCCCACGGACCGCCCGGGGCUGAGCCGCGAGGUCACACAGGACGAUCUGGACAGAAUCCAGGGCCACCGGUGGCCUGGGGUGAACGGGUGUCAGGACACACAGGGUAACUGGUAUGACUGGACGCAGUGCAUAUCGCUCGACCCGCACGGCGACGACGGGCGGUUGAACAUUCUGCCUUAUGUCUGCUUGGACUGAGCGGCCCGGCGGCCUCUCGGUGCGUUCCCACCUUGCAGUCAGCACGGCGGGCGGGCUGCCCCCCAGUGCUUGGGAAGCCGGGGAGUCCGGCCCGGGGCGGAGGGAGGGGGCGGGAGUCUCGAGGUCUCUCCGAGCCCUUCCCUCAAAAUUCUCCUUCUUUUGUGAAAUGCUGCUACCAGUUUACUAACAAAAUUGCAAAGGAAGGACCGUGUGGAAGGAAGGCCGGCAAAGUGAGUUCAGAACUCUAUAGCGAACCAGCUAUAAAAAGCAUCAGUUCCCCACCCCGGAAGCGGUGUGGACACUUCCCAGCACCUGUAAGCUGGGACCUCAGUUGCAGGCAGGCACAGAAAACCUGUGGGAGAGGUUACCUUUAAACACAGCAACAGAAGCACGCAUCUCAUCCAUUUGCGUUUUCUUUUUCCAAAUUUGGCCCUGAGUGUGUGAGGCAGUGGGUGUACGUGCACCGUGGCCUCUGUUUGCACCCCCACCGGCCAGUGCUUCAGUUACGGUGCCAGAAGCUCGGCAGCUGCAGCGGGCCAGCUGGCCGGCUGCUAUGACCUGCGCUCCGUGGGCAUCCACACAUUUUUAUCUGGUUUCGGUUAAGACCUGGUUUUGAAAAAAAUGCUGCAAAAAUUUAAGUGUUCUAGGAGUUUAUUUUAUCCGCCUUUUCCAUCUGACCAUCAGCCAAAUAAGUUUCCUUUCUUUCUCCCUUUUCGUUUUCCCCUUCCUGCACAUAUCUUGAAAAGUUCACCUUUCCAGAUUCCCCCCCCCCCCCCCCCCCCCCCCAAAAACAAAAAGAAAUACGGGGGCUACUGGUGUGUAAGCUGUACUGUUGGGCAAGAGGAGACCUGUCUGUGCGCUGGAAACACUCAUAACCAUUCCUUUAGAUUCGUUUGCCUUAUGGUUAUUUGUCAUAAACGCGAUUUGCAAAAACAAGGAGCCUUAGUGAAUGUACAGUACCUAGACUUCUGUGUUCUCAGGACACAGAAGGGAGCAACUUUGCUAUUUGGUCCAGUAAGUGGACAACUUGUGAUAUAAAUGUGGAAAUAAAAAAAAAAAAACCAUUU